AUGGUUUUGAGGCUCCUCCUUCAGCUGGUCGCGCUGGGCGCUUUCGGCGCGGCGCAGGAGGAGGUGAGGCGCUUGAAGUUCUUGACAAUCUACUCCUUCGACGGCACCAAGCUCAACGCAGAUGCCAGUCUGCCGGUUCCGAAGAGUCCCAGCGAUCGGUUUCCUGCACCCUGGUUCGCUUGA